AUGGCAAUGACGGAUAGUAUACUAAGUUUCGGUGACGACUCGACGUCUGGAGUGCCAUCCCAUCUUUCUCAACGUUCCGAAACUAGAAAAAGACCAAGAAAUUCGUCUGAUUUACCGAAUGACGAUGCGUUACAGGUGGUACGAACCCGUUGCAAACGAGCCAUAAAGCACAUUCUUGCUAACCAGAAGCUUCCAGAGUGCUACGAGACCUACUACAGAAGCGUGGAAGUGGUUUGCCGUGCUAGACAUGCCGAACAGUCUCAGCUUGCUGACCAUAUUUCCAAGGAAUUAACCGACCAUUUUCAUACAAACGUCAAGAAAAGAGUUGAGCUUUUGGUUAAUGAAAAUGGGACACCAGAAGACACCGCCACAGGUUUUCUAGAGAUUUUCAACGAGUGGAAGCGACAACUUCGAAUUCUCAGUACUCUCUUUCUUUACUUGGACAGAGCGUACCUCAUGAACCACCCCACAAAAUUCACAAUUAUAGAGCUAGGAUCGGGUCUAUUCGUUGACCAUUUGUUGGUUGAGUCUGCACCUACGCUGGGCUUCAUAAUUGACAAGUAUAUUGUGCUUCUUGAGAAAAAUAGAGAAGAUAAGCACCUCAAUGAGAUCACAUCUGCAUUCACCACCACACUUUUUUGGCUAAAUUCCAACAACAGGUUAGCGCUUCACAGUAAACUCAUUACGCUGAUAGUGUCUCAGUUUACUAGAUUGAAAGCGAAAUGGUUGACCAAGCCUGAAACUUACUUCCAAAAUGCUCUCUCUUGUCUUACAGAAGAAAUGGCACACUUUAAAGCGGCUCGUGCACCCAAGUCUUUUUUGCGGGAAUUGCUACUUCGUGUCAAAUGGAUACUUUUCUUCCAAGAUUUCAGGUUAAUUCUCUCCAAAACCAUUUUGUAUUUGUUACAGCCAGAAAGCAAAAACCAGCUCCAAGUCCUAUACGAUUUUUGUCGCACCACCAAAAGUGACUAUGCAUUCGAUUCUAUCACUAUGUUUGUCUUCUGUUGGGGAGAAUACAUCCACAAGCUUGUCGUGAGUCUGAUCCAUGAAAUUCCAAAAGGUGAAAACUGGAUACAACCGUUGGUUGAUUUGUACAAUCGUCUCGAGGGCAUCUGCCAACACCUGUUUCUGGGAGACGACGACUUUGACUUUGAGUUGAGAAAUUCCUUUUCUAAAGCUUUCAAUGAACGUAAAACAAAUAUGCAAAUUCUCACCCACUUGAACAAAUUCUGUGAUUCUUACCUUCGUGAUUCAUCCAAGAAAGCAAAAAAAUCCGCUGCUCCGCUCACGUUCGACGAGUUUUUGAACUGUGUGCUUCUCAUCUUCAAACUUAUCAACAAUAAGGACUCAUUCAUGGUGUUGUACAAACGAGAAUUGUCCAAGCGACUCCUUUUGAGCCGUUCUCCUAACCUCGAAUCAGAGCGUAGUGUGGUUUCUUCUUUUCUCAAAUUGAUUGGAGAUAGCGAUAUGGGCAGGGAAAUCGAUACUAUGUUCAGUGAUAUUUCGCUGUCGAAACUGGACCAUAAUUUGACAAUUGAAGGUGUUGAAUUCUCAGCAUUGAUUCUCACAAAACUGUGCUGGCCAGAGAUCCCGGGAAGUGUUUCAGAUGUGCAACUUCUGCCCCAGUUUCGCACCAUCUUGGAUGAGUUUGCUGCGAAGUAUUAUCUGUCCAAUGACAAGUUCAAGGACCGGGUUCUUGAUUGGAGUCUCUACACUCUUCACCAGAUGGAAAUCGUAGCUCAAUUUGAAAGUGGUCCCAAGGAAUUGAAUUUGAAUUUGUUGCAAGCGAUGAUAGUUAUGCUCUUUAAUGAAAGAGACAGUUAUACCAUCGAGGAACUAAUGAAAGAGACCAAUAUUGAAGAAAAACUUAUACGAAGGGUAUUGGUUUCUUUGUCUGAAAAAUACCCUAUUCUUGUGGCAUCGGGUCCAACAUAUCGCUACAACUCUAGCUUCAAAGAUAAGAAUACCAAACUCAAGAUUCCAUUCAUCAGAGAAAAGGAAAUAGCCACUAUGGAUCAGAACUCGCUCAGAGCAAUUGAGCGCAACCGCAAUCAAGAAAUCAGAGCCGCAAUUGUGAAGACGAUGAAACAAUGUAAAAAUGCCACUGUGCCUCAACUAUUUGAUGCUGUUUUCAAGCUAGUUGCACCAAAAGGGCCCAUUUCACUCGACGAUUUCAACACCAAUCUUGAUUUCUUAGUCCAAAGCCAGUACGUUCUGCGCGAAGCUACACAAAUCGUCUACGUUCCCUAG